AUGCUCUUGACUUCUGGAAAAGAUGACUGCAUAUCUUUUCCACACGAGUACUUACGUCAAAUGACGCAGCUGCUAAUGCGUGGCCGCCGGGCUGAAGUCGUGGUGGCUUUUGUCAUGACGGUAUAUCUGUUCACAUGCCCCUAUUCAAAAGUGGAAGAAAGCUUCAACAUGCAAGCAACACAUGAUCUAUUGCUCUUUGGACUGCCGAACGUGAAUAAAUUUGAUCAUUUAGAAUUUCCUGGCGUCGUACCACGCACCUUUCUUGGUUCGCUCGCAGUAGCGAGUAUAAGUCAACCUGCCUUGUGGCUUUUUCAACUAGUGAAAGCUCCAAAAUUCUAUAUGCAAUUGGUGACACGCUGGGUGUUGGGGCUAAUGACGUUAAGCGGUCUAUUCUUCUUCAGUGACAGCGUUGGAAUGCGCUAUGGACGAGAUGUCAGUCGGUUUUUGCUACUGAUUUGCGCAUGUCAAUUCCAUCUUCUGUUCUACAUGACACGCACUCUACCUAAUGUGUACGCACUGGCUUUAGUAUUGUUUGGACUCGGCUUUUGGCUUCGGAGAAAAUUGCCCUAUACAAUUUCUCUCUUCACGUUUGCGACAGUAGUGUUUCGAGGAGACACUGUACUGCUGUUUGCACCAUUAGUGCUCAGCAUGUUGCUGUCGCGUCAUAUAUCUGUCUUUCAGAUUGUCAAGUGGGGAUUAUUAGCGGGAAUCGUGUCGCUUUUUAUCACUGUCACAAUUGAUUCCUUUUUCUGGAAGCGGUGGCUUUGGCCAGAGGGUGAAGUAUUGUGGUUUAACACGAUUGAGAAUAGAAGCAGCGAGUGGGGUGUGAGUCCGCCAUUAUGGUACUAUACAUCAGCUCUGCCGCGAGCCCUUCAGUGGACAUUGUUGCUGAUUCCCGUCGGUCUCAGUACACUCUUUCCAAUGCUUUUGCAAAGUCGUUCGCUGAAUGCCGUGAGGUGGGCGCUUAAAACGGCACCGAUUUUUGAUUGGAGUGUGGUUACAUUGGCGUGGCCCGUUUUCAUUUACCUGGGGCUGUUCUCGCUCCUUCCUCACAAAGAACUGCGCUUUAUCUUUAAUGCAAUCCCCAUUAUCAAUAUGGUGUCGGCUGUGGGAUUAGCUAAGCUGUAUCGCAACAAGAAUAAGGCAUAUCUUCCUUUUGUUGGAGCCAUUUUUUGCCUAGUAUUGACGGGUUUUGGUUCUUUAUUUAUGCUCUCGGCUGCUCGGUCCAAUUAUCCUGGUGGAGAGGCAUUUAAGUAUCUGCACCAUUUUGCUUUUAAUGACCGUGAAAUGCCGCGCAGCGUCCACAUUGACGUUCCUGCUGCGAUGACCGGUGUGUCUCGAUUUGGAGAGGAAUUUGCUGCUUGGAGAUAUUCAAAGAACGAGUCAGUGACUACAAUUGAUCAUUUAACGCAGUUCGACUAUCUGCUAACAGCAAAAGACCCUACUUUGCUGAAACGAGACUUUCGCUACAUCGCCAGUUUUGAUGUUUUUGAAGGCAUUCAACUAAUAAAUCACCGCGUUACUUUCAAGACCAAGAAACUAGUUUCUCUUAUGCGGAAAAACACUAUCAUACCAGGUUCGACGAUACAAGGUGACACAGAAUAUUAA